UUUUAAGUGAUUAUUUAGUGUUUUAUAUAAAAAAAAAGUAUUAAGUAUUAUUUCUGGUAAGGAUAUUAUGAAUACAUUCCAAAUUAUAAAAGCUUGUCGAGGAGAGUUGUAGUAAUAUACUAGGAUUUGUUUUUUCUUUAAUUGGAUUCUAAUUUUGUUCUUUUAAUUUGUAUCGUUAUAGUGAUUUAUUUAAUUGUUUACUUCUUUAAUGUCGACACCACUUAAGAAAAAUCCUGCGUACGCCCCUGAGCUUAGAAGCACACUCUACUUCCUUGCUUAUUGUGUCCACCUGCUUUUGGCUUGCUUCAACAGUGGGAGCCACUGCCGGUUCUUUGGCUAUCCAUAUCUGCUUCACUGGUGGAGGUCUCCUCUUUGUGGGCUGAGGGUCUUGUUUAACUCCUUUUGGAAUUUUUCCACAGUCAUGUCCAGUUUUUAAGCAUUUAUUACAGAACUCUGGCUUCCAAUCAUAUUCAACAUCUUGCUCAAAUAUCACCCCUGAGUCAUCCAUAACUGGUAUCUUGCUUGGCAAAGGCUCGGUGACAUUUCUUCAAUGAGGAUUCUAGCAAAGGAGAUUCUUGUUUGUUUGGCAGUGCACUCGUCUACAAACAUUGGAAUUCCAAUGGUACUUGCGAUUCUACUCAAUGAGUUGCCACUCUAGCAAUUCAUGGGCAGCUUGGGAAACCUUACCCAUAGAGGGCAUGUCUCUUGAAAGGGUUGACCAAUUGGAUUACAUGGCGGACGACAGAGAGGUGACUGAUUCAGCCGAUGAAUUUGAGGGCGAGUUCUGUAACGAGGAGACAAAUCUUGAUGACUAUGAUAUGCCAACAAAAGUGACUGAUACAUCGGCUGCACAAGCAAGAAAAGGGAAGGAUAUACAAGGUAUCCCAUGGGAGAGGUUGAAUGUAACCAGGCAAAGUUACAGAUUAACAAGGCUCGAACAGUAUAGAAAUUAUGAGAACAUUCCUUUGUCAGGGGAAGCUGUCGAUAAGGUAUGCGAACAAGUGGAGAAGGGUGCCAACUACUACGAAUUCUUUUAUAAUGCAAGAUCCGUUAAGCCUACAAUACUACAUUUUCAGCUAAGGAACUUGGUGUGGGCAACUUCAAAGCAUGACGUGUAUAUGAUUUCGAACUAUUCACUUAUGCAUUGGUCAUCCAUUUCUCGCAACCUCUCAGAAGUUAUCAACUUCUCUGGACACAUAGCACCGACGGAGAAACACGCAGGAAGUUUGUUAGAGGGUCUGACACAAACCCAAAUCAGCACGAUGGCAGUGAAGAACCGUUUUGUGGUUGCUGGGGGCUUCCAAGGAGAACUCAUUUGUAAGAGUUUGGACAAGCCGGGAGUCAGCUUCUGUGCAAGGACCACUUAUGAGGAUAAUGCUAUCACAAAUGCCAUAGAGAUAUACGAAAGCGUCAGUGGUGGGCCUCGUUUUAUGGCAUCCAACAACGACUGUGGUGUGAGAGAGUACGACAUGGAAAAGUUUCAGCAAAUGAACCACUUCCGCUUCCCUUGGCCAGUGAAUCACACCUCGAUGAGCCCAGAUAGCAAGCUUUUUACUAUUGUUGGGGAUGAUCUAGAUGGUUUACUUGUUGAUUCCCGCAAUGGAAAGACUGUGGCCUCAAUUGCGGGUCAUUUAGACUACUCUUUUGCUUCUGCAUGGCACCCAGAUGGCCGUACAUUUGCCACUGGGAAUCAAGAUAAGACCUGUCGGAUUUGGGACUUGAGAAACCUGUCCUCGUCUACGGCCAUUUUGAAGGGAAACAUGGGUGCUGCACGAUCUAUCCGUUUCUCAUCCGAUGGACGGUUCCUGGUAGUGGCUGAACCUGCAGAUUUUGUCCACAUUUAUAGUACUGAUUCAGAUUACAAGAAACGUCAGGAAAUUGAUAUUUUUGGUGAGAUAUCAGGGGUAGCUCUGAGUCCGGAUGAUGAGUCUCUUUACAUUGGAAUCUGGGAUCGAACGUAUGCAAGCUUGCUAGAAUACCACCGAAGGCGUUCUUGUAGAUAUCUCGAUUUGUUCACAUAAUUCUUCGACGAUUUAGGAAAAAAAUGGGUCCUGCAGUUUAUUCACAUCAAGCCCAAAUAUUUUGCGCAAAUUCGUCCGAUUAGUCAAGGCAUAUGGUACCAGUUCUUGAUCUUGGCAUACUAUGUAUAGUUUCCUUAAGAGCAAGCUGUAUUUCUGCUUAUAUACAAUCUCUCUGAUGUACCAUUUUAAUUGUGUUGUACUUUUACUUGGGUUAAAAAGAGAAAAAAGAACAACAUAUUGCUGUAAUUGGUAGAGGAAUACUAAAGUUAGUGAUAAGGAAAAAGAUGUCACAAAACAUGUAAUGUUUCUUGGUUGCUUCUUGAUCUUUAGAGAUACAUUAUUGUAUGCUUUAGGAUAGA